UUAUAUAAUCUACGCCUCUUCCUCAUUCACAAACCCCCCCCCCCCCCUCUCUCUCUCUCUCUCUCUCUCUCUCACAUCUUUGCACGAUGCACCAAGCGAUCCCUUAUAGUCACAGAACAUAUUUCCCGACCACCGACGGUCUGUCGCGUCAUCCAAGGGAUACUCCAACCACCAGCAGCAACGGCGGAGGAAGCGAGGCCGAAGACGCCACAAAUGUGGGGAAAACGGUGUCGGAGAAUGCGGUCAUGGUUGUCGGCCGACGUGGGUGUUGCAUGUGCCAUGUCGUUAAGCGGUUGCUACAAGGUCUCGGCGUGAACCCCCCUGUUUUCGAGGUCGACGAGAAGGACGAGGUGGCUGUCACAAGCCAACUGUUGAGAAUCAUGGGUGCCGUCGAGGAUGGACAAGACGGUCAGGUACAGUUCCCGGUUGUAUUCGUCGGGGGCAAGCUAUUUGGCGGGCUGGAACGAGUCAUGGCUACUCAUAUUUCGGGUGAAUUGGUACCCAUCUUGAAGCAAGCCGGGGCUCUUUGGCUUUGACGUCUGAUUUGGAACUUUUUUCUAUUUGGUUGUUUUUUUCCCCACUUUGUGUCAUGCUAUGUUCCUUCUCAAGAAUUUUGGGAGCUGAUAGGAAUGCAGGGUUUAUAUGUCUCUUUGGAAUUGGAAAGGAUACGUGUAGAUUAAUGGAGUUUUAAUUUUGGGUCGUUCAUGUGAA